AGUAAAAGCAACGAUAAUGAAAUCAGAUAGAAAGGUUGUUGAAGCAUCAAAGAGAUGGACGAGAAAGAAAAAGGAGAACGAUGGAGCGGAGCGAUGACGAAUCUAUCAGAGAUGAGUUCGAAUCUCGAGUCUCUCCAGAAGGUUCUCCUCACAAAAGCCGUUUUCGUCGACGACGACACCUUCGCUAAAGCUUCCCUCGCCGCCGAUCAAGCCCGCACAAUUAAGCUCCUCGAUCAACGAGUUCACACACUGGAAAGAGAACUCGACGCCGCCAUCACCGCCGCCGCUCGCGCUCGUUCCGAAAAACGGCAAGCUGAAGCAUCACAGAAAGCCGCUGAGUUACGCGCUCAUGAAGUCACUAAAGAGCUCGAAAACACCACAAAGGUGUUUGAGCUUCAUAUGGAAGAACUGCGUGCAAAGCAAGAAGAAAUCGCAAAGCGCGAUACUGACAUCAAACUUUUGGAAGCUAUUAUUCAAACGCUUGGAGGAAAAGCAUAAAACUCUACAUCUCUGUAAAACACUAAACCUGUUGUUCUCAGUUUAGAAAAAAAAAACUGUGUAGAUUGAGCUAUUCUAGUUCUAGUUAGUAAAAACUGAUUGUUGUGUUAAACUCUGUAAUAAAUUAUACUUUUCUUAUAUGAGUGAGUAUUGUUUUUGGGUUGUUUA